AUGGAAUACACUAAAUACAACUUAACGAAUUCGGACCCCAAUUGGAACAAGUGGACCGAUUGCAAAGGCUCGUGCGGUGAAACUGGCUACACGUCUCGAUACCGCAGUACUACGUCAAGCGACGUUCUCUGUGAGUUUAAUCAUGAGUGGAAAACUUGCCACAUUUUAGGAUGUACAAUAAGCAAUUACACUAAGUCCGCCGAAGGAAACGAACUCAGAACACGAGAGUUGAAUUACAUCCUGCAACGAGCGAGAAACGCAAAUCGGAUGAUCAUAGACGCAUUUUUCUCGGGCAAUUGCAACUAUUACGCCUUGAAGAACGUGUUUACAAAUAACAUUGAUCGAUUGUGGAACGCGUUGCUAUGCGUGAAACACAAUUUGGGCUGUCCCGUUAAGGGAGGCUGGAGUAAAUGGAGUUCUUGGUCGAAAUGCACCGCGACGUGUGGUUCUGGAAUGCAAUACCGAUUACGAUAUUGUGAUCAUCCUAGCCCUUCAAGAACGUCGCUCAACUGUUCCGGAAACCACAUAGAAUUUAAAAACUGUCUCGGAAAAUCGUGUACAGCUAAAACGAAUGGAACUUGGUGUAAAUGGAUGAAAUGGUCAGGUUGUAGCGUUCGGCAAGGCAAUGGAAUCGUUGUCCGAAAACGUUUUUGUCGGUCCUCUAACAACAAUAAUGACAGUUUCCACGUCAUGUCAUGUUCAGGACCGCACACUGAAAUCGGUCGAUGCUACUCGUCUGCAGUUGAUGGAGGAUGGUCUGAAUGGCAAAAAUGGAGCCCCUGUUCUGCGACAUGUGACGCGGGCACCCGGUACAGAAUACGAAGUUGUAGCCGACCGGAACCGGAAGGAUCUGGACGACAAUGCGAGGGAGAGACUGUACAGACAAAUAUUUGUUACGUCAGACCCUGCAAAGGUGUGAAAACAAUUAUUAACAAUUAUUAG